UGAACCUAUUUUAUACAGUCUGGUCUGAACACAUUCUCAUGACUGAUCGUUGACUUCUAAAAUGUUACAUUACUUUACUGUAGUUUUACACUUUUUACGUUUGGUCUUGGCUGUUCUAUCUACUGGCCAGAGCAACAUUUCAUGUAGGAAUGAGAAGAAUGAACCUGUUGACUGGUUCAUUAUCUACAAAUUACCCAAAUACGUUAUGGGUAAUGCUGGAACUGGCCUGGACUACAUGUACUUGGAUGGUUCCAUGAAGAACUGGGAACUGAGCACGUUCAAAGUCAACAGCACCAAUGGAGCUGCAGGGCAUACCCUUGGACAGCUGUACCAGGGCAAAGGGUACAAGUCCAACAGCUCAGCUUAUUUGCUCUACAAUGACGCUCCUCCAGAGCUGCCCUAUGACAUGGAACAUGGUCACACCAAAGGCGUUGUAAUGUUUGAUAAGUCCCAAGGGUUCUGGUUGUCCCACACCAUACCCCACUUCCCUCCUUUCCCUGAGAGGGGCUUUGACUAUCCCUCCACUGGCAUGUUCUAUGGACAGGUCCUUUUCUGUGUCACCUACAGCUAUGAACAAUUUCAUGCAAUAUCGGAGCAGCUGGCAUACAGCAACCCUCACGUCUACAACUGCUCCCUGCCAGCUCCUCUGUGGGCAGAAAUGACCCGUCUAGCUCAGCUCUGCCUGAGGGUCAACCCUCGUCUGCCCAGAGAUAGGAGCGUAAAGAAACUGGUAUCGGCCAAAGGGGAGAGCUUUCUCAGUUUCGUCAAGUCACACCUCUUUGUUGAUGACAUUUACGCUUCCUGGGUUGCUCAGCUGCUGGACACAGACCUCCUGGUGGAAAGCUGGCAGAGAGAGGGGCACGAGCUUUUCUCCAACUGCUCCCUGCGCAGACAUGUGCUAAACGUCAGCGGGGUUCGACUGCCUGGCCCUUUCUAUUUCCACUCUCACAUCGACCACUCCAAGUGGUGCGUCUCCGUCAAGCCGAGGGAUCGCUGGGUGUGCCUGGGUGACCUGAACCGCGAGAGGGGGCAGGCCUAUAGGGAUGGGGGACUGAUCUGCACACAGAAUGCCCUCAUCUACAGGGUCUUCCGCCAGGCCAUCUACUCGUUCUUCAAAUGCUAAGGCCUUUUGCAGGAGCUGGAGAACAGAUUUGUGUUUUUGUGCUACUGGUUGGGGUGGGAUUUCCCACAGUGGCCGAUCAACAACCAAGAAUCAAUAGUCUAGCUCUAGGCAAUCUGUGAGAAAAAAUCACCCAACCCCAAAACUAAUUGCAACAGAAAUGUUUUUUGUUAUAUUCAGUUCAUGAAACCUUCCCAUAUCACAUACCAAAAGUCCAUGAAAAUCCAAGUGGUGGAACAUUGUCAAUGGAAUUAUUUGUGCAUAGGUCAAUGGCCAAAAGCUGCACCUUUGGCAGUUUUACUGAACUUUCAUAGUACAGGGGAUAUGUGAAAAUUAGGCCAAAUUCUUCUUUAAUAAAGGCAUGAAACUUGGUGAACUUGUACAGUUUGGAGCCCUGGACAUUUUCAGAUAUAAAACCAUUAUCAGAAAACCCUAAUGGUCGUCGUGGCAACAAUUAAAUGUUGGGCAGUAUUUAUGAUGCAUGUAUUAAUUUAAAAUAAUAAAAAAUAGUAUUUUGUCA